AUGCCGCCUCUAGGAGACGCCGAUACAAUCCGCAUCCUCGUGUCCACCGACAACCAUGUCGGCUACAACGAGCGCGACCCCGUGCGGGGCGACGAUAGCUGGAAGAGCUUCCACGAGAUCAUGUGUCUGGCAAAAGAACAAGAUGUCGACAUGGUUUUGCUGGCUGGAGACUUGUUCCACGAAAACAAGCCGUCUCGGAAAUCAAUGUAUCAGGUGAUGAGAUCCCUACGCAUGAACUGUCUCGGCGACAGACCCUGCGAGCUGGAAUUCCUGAGCGAUGCAAGCGAGAAUUUCCAAGGCGCGUUUAAUCAUGUCAACUAUGAGGACUUGGACAUGAAUGUUGCUAUGCCAGUGUUUUCCAUUCACGGAAACCAUGACGAUCCCUCUGGAGAGGGCCAUCUGGCUGCGCUGGAUAUCUUACAAGUAUCGGGACUGAUUAAUUAUUACGGACGAACCCCAGAGUCUGAUAAUAUACAGGUCAAGCCUGUCUUGCUCCAGAAAGGGCGCACCAAGCUAGCCCUAUACGGGCUCAGCAAUGUUCGCGAUGAGCGUCUCUAUCGUACUUUUCGCGAUGGCAAAGUCAAAUUUUUCCAACCUUCGGUUCAAAAAGAAGAUUGGUUUAACUUGAUCUGUGUGCACCAAAACCAUCACGCACACACCGAGACAAGCUAUUUACCAGAACAUUUCUUGCCCGAAUUUCUAGACCUUGUUAUCUGGGGUCACGAACACGAGUGUCUCAUCAAUCCCAGGCUCAAUCCCGAAACCAAAUUUCAUGUUAUGCAGCCGGGUUCAUCGGUUGCUACCUCUCUUGUUCCAGGAGAAGCCGUCCAAAAGCAGGUUUCUCUCCUCAGCAUCACCGGCCGGGAGUUCAAAAGCGAGCCAAUCCCACUAAAAAGCGUCCGUCCUUUUGUGAUGAAGGAGAUUGUGUUAUCAGAAGACAAAGAAGCCAAGAAGGUUGCGCGAAAGGAGAACAAUAGGACCGAGGUCACCCGUCUACUGAUGACGUACGUCGAAGAUCUGAUUGAACAAGCCAAAUCAGAGUGGAUAGAGUCGCAUCAGGACGAUAUAGACGGCGACGAAGAACCCGAGAUUCCUCUUCCGCUCAUUCGACUGCGCGUCGAAACGUCAACACCUGACGGUGGAAGCUUUGAUUGCGAGAACCCGCAGCGGUUUUCUAAUCGGUUUGUGGGCAAAGUAGCGAAUGUCAAUGAUGUCGUGCAGUUUCACCGAAAGAAGAAGACAGCGACGACGAGCCGAAAGGCCGACGAUGCUGCGGCUGAGGCAGACAUGUCUCAUCUAGCCACGCUCGACACGGUCAAGGUUGAACAGUUGGUGCGAGAGCUUCUCACGGCGCAGUCUCUAAGUAUCCUUCCUCAAAAUUCAUUCGGCGAUGCGGUGUCCCAGUUUGUUGACAAGGACGACAAGCAUGCAAUGGAAAUGUUUGUCAACGAGUCGCUCGACAACCAGGUCAAAUAUCUGAUGGGGUUGGAGCGGGAUGCCGACCUCGAUGAUGAAGACGAGAUGCACCAGUCUCUACAGAACGCGAUGGAAAAAUACCGCACACAAAUGGAGGAUCUAUUUUCCAAAGGCGCCGUCCGGCGAACGCGAGGCAAGAAACGAUUCAAGCCCAAGCCAGACGGCUGGGAUUCCGAGUUUGACGGGCCAUGGGAAGACCAGCCUGGUGCCUUGAUCCAUUCUGACAACGAGGGCGGCGACCCUAACGAAGAAGAAGCUGGAGAAGACGGGACUGAAAGGCCAACUGCGGCCACUCACGGACGAGGACGAGGGCGAGGCGGUCGUGGUGCCGCAUCGUCAACCACCACACGCAAGACAGCUGCUACAACCACUACGAAGACUACGAAAAAGGCCACCCCAGCGGCUAGAGGGGGCAGGCGCAAGCAGGCCAUUUCAGAUGAAGAAGAAGAGGAGGAAGACGCAAUCAUGCUGGAUGACGAUGACUCUGUAGAAGAGCCCCAAGCAAUUGCGUCAGAUGACGAAGAUUCCCAGGCCCUUUUUGUGCAACAAAAGCGUCCUUCUCGCGCGCGUCAACUGGCUGCUAGUACAACGACCAGCUCGAGACGAGGCGGCAGAACAGCUGCAUCGCCGGCACCAUCAUCGGUCACGGCAGCAGCCUCAUCGACACGACGCAGUGGCCGCGCAGGGGCAAAGUCCACCCAGCAGACGACACUGAGCUUUGCAUCGCAGGACAACUCUACUGGUGCCGGAAAACGCAAUGCGCCGCGGCCGGCACGAGGAGGGUUUGCUGAAAUGAGCGAUAUUGAAGAUGACGACGACGAUGCUUUUGAGCCGUCUUACGCCAAACUUUUCGCCGCCGCCUGCGGUCUGGCUUCCACUGCCCAAGCUGUCCACCCACUCAUUGUUGAGGGCAAGGACUUUGUCAACAGCGUCACCAAAGACCGCUUCCAAAUCAUUGGUGUUGACUACCAACCCGGCGGUUCCUCUGCUUUCAAGAAGACCGCAGACCCUCUGGCCGACAAGGAUGCUUGCCUGCGUGAUGCCGCCAUCUUGCAACGCUUGGGUGUGAACGCCAUCCGUGUCUACAACUUGGCCCCCGGCCUUAACCACGAUGACUGUGCUUCCAUCUUCAACGCCGCCGGUAUCUACAUGUUCUUGGACGUCAACUCGCCCUUGACCAACGGUGCUCUUGACCAGACUGCCCCAUGGACCACCUACAACCACUUCUAUCUGCAGCAGGUCUUUGGUGUCAUUGAGUCUUUCAAGAACUACCCCAACACUGCCGCCUUCUUCUCUGCCAACGAGGUGAUCAACGAGGCCAGUGUCGAGCAGGCUGGAAACUACAUCCGAGCUGUCCAGCGUGACAUGCACGACUACAUUGAGAAGCACGCCAACCGCAGCAUUCCCGUCGGUUACUCCGCCGCUGAUGUUCGCCCUCUGCUCGUCGACACUGCUUACUACCUGUCUUGCGACCUCUCAAACUCAACCAGCUCUCGCUCCGACUUCUUCGGCCUUAACUCGUACUCGUGGUGCGGUGAUGCCACCUACAAGUCCAGCGGUUACAAUGUCCUCACCCAGGACUUCAAGGACAUUUCUAUGCCCGUCUUCUUCUCCGAGACUGGCUGCAACAACGUCAGGCCCCGCGUCUUCUCCGAGAUUGAAGCUAUCUACGGUCCCGACAUGUCCCAGUCUCUGUCCGGUGCUCUCGUCUACGAAUACAGCCAGGAAAAGAACGACUACGGUCUCGUCCAGAUCAACAGCAACGGCUCCGUCUCCCUGCUUGUUGAUUUUGACAACCUCCAGAAGCAAUACAACAACCUCGACCUGGACGCCAUCACCAAGGCCAACUCGACUCAGACCUCUAUGGAUGCCCCCACCUGCAACCCUGACGAGAUCACCUCCAACAUCACCAAGAGCUUUGACAUUCCCGAACGUGUGGAUGGAAUUGACAAGAUGGUUGAGGACGGCUACACCAAGAACAUCCACGUCGGCGAGCUGGUUGAUGUGACCUCGACCAAGCUUUCCCAGGAUGUCUUCGACUCCAAUGGUAACCUCAUCAGCGACAUCAAGUUGAACAUUCUCUCCGAAGACGCUGUCAACACCCCCUCCAAAUCCAGCUCCAGCUCCACCUCCUCUGACUCCAGCUCUACCUCCCCAUCCGGUACAAGCUCGGGUACCGCUGCUGCUACCUCGAGCGGAGCUGCCAGCUCUUUGACUGCUGGCUCGGUGACUGGCUUCGGCGGUCUCGUUGCUCUUGCCUUGAUGGCUCUCUAA